CUUAUCGGAAGAUGCUGGCUGAGGGUGGAGAAUACUGCAGCAAAUAUCUAUACGCCGAUGGAUAUCUAUAUUGAGACUGUUUUCCAACCCCUGAUUGCCGCUCGCAAAGAUGCUGUACGCCGAAGACGACAAGCUCAUCUUCCGCUUCGACGACCACACCCUCUGGAUUGAACCAUGGGGACCCAACGCCCUCCGCGUCCGAGCAACAAAGCUCGCCAACAUGCCAACAGAUGACUGGGCCCUAUUCUCCAAACCGUUGGGCAGCAACGCAACGAUCUCACUUCCCACCACUUCAUCCCCAUCUGGCAAAACUAAAGAUAGCGAAGCAAGCAUCACAAACAACGGCAUCAAAGCCGUUGUUACUAAGCGCGGCAAGAUUACAAUCUACAACGCUGCGGGCAAGGUCCUCCUUGAAGAGUACGCCCGGCACCGACGCGACCCCACAGAUCCCAAAUGCAGUGCUCUGGAAAUCGAAGCGCGCGAGCUCCGUCCGAUCCCUGGGAGCAGUGACUACCAUCUUACGCUGCGCUUUGAGUCGCUGGACCCGCGCGAGAAGAUCUUUGGAAUGGGGCAGUACCAACAGCCCGGGUUGAACCUGAAGGGGAGCGAUAUUGAGCUGGCGCAUCGUAACUCGCAGGCGAGUGUGCCCUUUGCGUUAUCAUCCCGUGGGUAUGGACUCUUGUGGAAUAACCCGGGUAUUGGACGUGCGGUGCUGGGAACAAAUACGAUGAGCUUCGAGGCGUACUCGACCAAGGCGUUGGACUACUGGGUGGUUGCGGGCGAUACGCCUGCGGAAAUUGAGGAAGCGUAUGCCAGCGUGACUGGGUAUGUGCCCAUGAUGCCAGAGUACGGGCUUGGCUUCUGGCAGUGUAAACUGCGGUACUGGAAUCAGGAACAGCUGCUCAAUGUGGCGAGGGAGUAUAAGCGAAGGAAUAUCCCUAUCGAUGUUAUCGUGGUUGAUUUCUUCCACUGGAAGCAUCAGGGGGAGUGGUCGUUUGACCCUGAGUUCUGGCCUGAUCCUGACGCCAUGGUAAAGGAACUCCAAUCCCUCAAAAUCGAACUAAUGGUCUCCAUCUGGCCUACUGUCGAAACAGCCUCAAGUAACUACCCAACCAUGCUUGAAAACGGCCUUCUAAUCCGACACGACCGAGGGCUCCGCAUCGCGAUGCAAUGUGACGGCGACAUCACGCACUUUGACGCAACGAACCCUGCCGCACGCAAGUUCGUUUGGGAGACCGCAAAAAAAAACUACUACGCCAAGGGCAUCAAGAUCUUCUGGCUCGACGAGGCAGAACCGGAAUACUCUAUCUACGACUUUGACAUCUACCGCUACCACUCGGGGAGCAACGUGCAGAUUGGAAACAUCUACCCUAAGGAAUAUGCCCGGGCGUUCUACGAAGGAAUGCAAGGGGAGGGACAAGGGAACAUCGUCAACCUGCUCCGCUGUGCAUGGGCGGGUAGCCAGAAAUACGGAGCGCUCGUCUGGAGCGGGGACAUCGCGAGCUCGUGGUCUUCCUUCCGGAACCAGCUCUCAGCCGGCCUGAACAUGGGUAUCGCAGGGAUUCCCUGGUGGACAACGGACAUCGGCGGCUUUCACGGUGGAAACCCCGAUGACCCUGCAUUCCGUGAACUCUUCACCCGCUGGUUCCAAUGGGGCACGUUCUGUCCUGUCAUGAGACUCCACGGGGACCGGGAGCCCAAACCAGAGGGGCAGCCGACUGCCCCGGGAGCCGAUAAUGAGAUAUGGUCAUACGGCGAGGAAGUGUAUGAGAUCUGCAAGCGGUACAUCACGAUUCGAGAGGUGUUGAGAGAGUACACCCGUUCGCUGAUGAAGGAGGCACAUGAGCGCGGAGCACCCGUAAUUAGAACUCUGUUCUAUGAAUUUCCGAAUGACCAGAGGGCCUGGGAGGUUGACUCGGAGUAUCUGUACGGGUCACGGUACCUUGUUGCGCCGGUGCUCGAGGCAGGGCAGCGGAAAAUCUCUGUGUAUUUGCCCAAGGGUGCGAGCUGGAGACUCUGGAAUGGUGAUCGAGAGGGCGAGGGCGGAGUUGUGACACAUCAUGGAGGCCAGGAGAUCGAGGUCGACUGUCCUAUUGAGUCGAUGCCGGUUUUUGUCAGGGUGUAGUAGGUCCGCACAUAUGCGCGUAGAUGGAUGGAGUGAAGUCAUGAUUUCCCGGGCAGGUCCAUGAUCGACGGGAGAUCAUUGUAUUGGGCAGAGGAGAAAUCACGUACCUUAGCCUGAAGAUCACCACUUCCAAGUAUAUCUUGCUCCGAAAUCAUAGAAUGCAACGAUCAAAUGCAACACUGCCUGCUUUCUCUCGUGCUCUAGAUCACGAAUGAUUCUCUGUGUAGAUCCUCACGAUCAGACCACGUUGAAGAAGCCAUUUCCACUCACCUGCAUAUAUAACCCCACCGGGUAAGAAUGAUAUCAGUUAGAAACCUGGCAGGAAGUCCUGAUGGAAACUCUAUUGGCAUUGACAUGGUCUUACUUGCUUAAUCCCGGAACUCAUCACGUUCCAGUCUGUGUGAUGGGUGUUGUUCCAAGGUCUUGUGCAGCUCGCGUCGAUGUGAUGGCCGAGUACGUAUGUACGUACCCACUGCAAGCACCAUGAUGGCGAUGGAUAUCCAGAUGAUCGUGUGUAUUAUGUACUCUAAUUGUUGUCGAGGGCUAGUCUAGCCAGGCUGAGAUGUAACCUGAAUCACCCAUGGAUCCAUGGAUCCAUGGAACAGGAAGAACGCAAUGCCCUGCACAAGGUCAAUGAUACCACGGUACGGGUCAACUACUACAUACUCUGUCGACCAAGCUUGAAUUGGUGCCGUUGGCAUCCUUCGAAAAUGGCCACUGAGGAACUGAGGAACCAAGUUGCACUGUUGCCUAAUCCGGCCGGUGAACAUCAAUCCACUGAGGGGAGCGUAUGCGUAUCUACUGUCUUUGCUACAAAGUGUGGAGAGAAGCUUCAAGAUUCCUGUGGGCUUACCUGUAUCCGGGAGGCAUCAAAUUGGUUCAGAUUUUGCUGCUCUCCGUAGGUAGAGUAUAUGCGACCUGAACCCUAGACUAUUUUGUCACUCAUGCAAGCCAUGUGGCCCCGGAUCUACCUCCAAUUACUAGGAGAAUUAGGCAGGAGAAUCCCCAAUAUCGACAGAGAGAUGGCCCAGAAAUCAGGACUGCUCAAUGAUGAUCUCGCAGAAGACGCGGCGGAAGGGCCGAGAUUCAGGCUGUAGAACCAAAGACCAAAGCACACAAGCCUGCAAAGGGCUCUGUAAGAUCAGACCAAAUAGCACGAGGUUCUAUUGAAGCGAUAGCCUUGGUCAUGAAUCUCAAAUAGCUUUCCCCCAGUCUCUGCGCCUGCGGAGGCCAGUCUAGGACGAGCCCGACCCAUUAUCGAUUCCCGGAACUUGGUUCCAUGGAUGGAACUCAACCUUACCGUGAUCUGAGCCUUGGAUCCUCAACACGCGGCCGCAUAAGGUAUAGCGAGGGGGUGAAGAGCCCGCAAGAUUAGCUUUCCACGUUACGAACCAAGUGAUUGGGUCUCGGUCGUGCCAUGGGAAAGGCGAUAGUCGAGCACUGGCCUUCAAGGCUUUGUCAUUCCGCUGGUUCUUUGUCUUCUGAUCGAGAAUGGAUCCGACAACGAGGGAGACUAGCGGCGUAGCCCGUACAUGAUCGCCCUCGAGGUUGGGACAGCUACCGUAGGCUGAACGGUUAACGUUUCCGUGAACCAGGUGGAUGGAUCGCCUUGUUUCGUGGCACACCUUGUCAGCAUGGCUGGUUAAGUCAAACACGCUGAUUUGUCAAGGGAGAUCUGGGCUGGCAAUUAAGCUUCAAGUUUCAACAAAGAAACCCGGAGGGCCUCCUCUUGCAGUUUCCGGAAGACUGGAGAGUUUGCCUAAUUAUAUUGAAAACGCACAUCCAGGGCCGUGGUACUGGCGCGUCCAGAAAUGAUUAUCACAAAACCACGGAGGAA